CUUUGUCUCAGAUCUGAGUUUACAACCCUAGUCUAAAAUGGCAACUCAGAUCUAUUCUCUCUCCUUCACUUCCGGCGUCGGCGGCCUUGUGAAUAUCCGCCGAUCAAAACCAUCCCGCCGCAAUCUCACACCUUUCAUCUGCGCCACUAAAUCAAAUCCAACCAUCCACGGCCGCAAGCUCCGAGCCGCCGUCAUCGGAGGCGGUCCGGCCGGUUCCUCCGCCGCAGAAGCCCUAGCUCGAGGCGGCGUUGAGACAUUCCUCUUCGAACGCAGCCCCAACUCCGCCAAGCCUUGCGGCGGAGCAAUCCCUCUCUGCAUGCUCGACGAAUUCUCCAUACCUCAACAUCUCAUCGACCGUAAAGUAACCCAAAUGCGAAUCAUCUCCCCCUCAAAUCUCUCCGUCGAUUUUGGAAAAACCCUAAAACCCGGAGAGUUCAUCUCCAUGCUCCGCCGUGAAGUACUUGAUUCCUUCCUCCGAUCCCGCGCCGAAUCUCAUGGGGCCACCGUCAUCAAAUCGUUAGUCACAAAUCUCGAUCUCCCUUCUUCCCCAUCGGAUCCCUACACCGUUCAUUACCUCAACGGUGGGGACCGUCGUUCCCUCUCUGUAGAUGUCGUUGUUGGAGCUGACGGAGCGAACAGUCGAGUUGCGAAGUCAAUCAAAGCAGGGAAUUACGCUUGCGCCAUCGCCUUCCAAGAACGUAUCAAAUUACCCGAUGAUAAAAUGGAAUACUAUCAGAACCUAGCUGAAAUGUACGUGGGUAGCGACGUCUCACCCGAUUUCUACGGGUGGGUUUUCCCUAAAUGCGACCACGUGGCGGUGGGGACCGGCACCAUGUCAUCCAAAGCCGACAUAAAAAAGUUCCAACUUGGCAUGAGAAGGAGAGUCAUGUCAAAAAUCGAGGGAGGGAAAGUUAUUAAGGUGGAGGCUCACCCGAUUCCGGAGCACCCACGACCGAUUAGGGUUCGGGGGAGAGUGGCUCUAGUAGGGGAUGCGGCAGGGUACGUGACGAAAUGCUCGGGGGAGGGAAUAUACUUUGCGGCGAAAAGUGGGAGGAUGUGCGGGGAAGGGAUUGUGAGAGCGUCCGAGGGAGGAUCGAGGAUGAUCGGGGAGGAGGAUUUGAAGAGGGAGUAUUUGAAGGAAUGGGAUGGGAUGUAUUUUACGACAUUUAAGUUCUUGGAUUUGUUACAAAAAGUGUUUUAUGGUAGUAAUGUUGCAAGGGAGGCAUUGGUGGAGUUGUGUGGAGAUGAGUAUGUUCAAAGAUUGACAUUUCAGAGCUACUUGUACAAGAAGUUGAGUCAAGGGAAUCCAUGGGAGGAUUCUAAGAUGGCAUUUAACACAAUUGGGAGUUUGGUUAGGUCUAAAAUUAUUGGGAUGGACAUGAACACUAUUUCCAAUGUAAUUCAUCAUCUUUGAGCUUCUUCCAAUUGACAUGAACACUAUUUCCAAUGUGAUUCCAAUGGACAUGAACAUUAUUUCCAAUGUAAUUCAUCAUUUAACACAAUGCACAA